GAGCAGGGCAUGCGCGCUGAAUGCAGGGCGGCGCGGCGCGGCAGUGAAAGAGCUUGAGGGCGAAACCCACGUUUCAGUCCGUCGCGUGUGUUGCUACGGCGCAUAUACGGUGCACCGCGGGGGUUGCUUGCAAGCUCUCGGUGCCGCGGAUCGGACGAUGAUGCUGUGAGCGAACGAUGCCGUGAGAAAGAGCGCGCGUGAGAGAAGUCACGCGUGUUGCGCGUACACCCGAGAUCAGAGGGUUGGUCGAACGUGAAUCCCCGAAACGCGUGGGUUACUCUUGUCAAAGCACGAGAUGACGUCGCGACGGAGCGCCGCGCGACCUCGUCACUCGCCGCGGAUCGCCGCUACUGCUCCUAACGCGUAAACCUACCCCAAGUACCGAUCGUGAGAUUCCCACCCUGUCCCGCGUCUCCGCACCCAUCGACCAUUGCAUCGACGUUGGACAACGUCGGAUCCGACGAGCCGCAUCAUCUAAUUCCGCCGGAACGUCCUCGUCAAAUGACGGGCCGCGCGACAGUCGUUCGCGUGUGUAACCCAAUUCGCGAUAAAAUUACGAUUUACAUAUAUAGCGUGCGUGGGGAGGAUUAAUCCCGCGGGACACCUGCCGCGGCUCGAUGAGGAGGCAGACCUCGUCGAUUCCCUGGUCCCGAGACUAAAAUUGAAAUUUCACGGAAGGUCGUUCGACGCGGUACGCAAAUUCGACUCGCCGUAUCGCGCAAUCACGCUAUUAAUGCUGUUAAUGCCAGAGCCGCUUGGAAAAUGCCGCGUAAAUCUUUGAAAAGGGUCACACGACACGAGGGAAAGAUCGUGCACGCUACGGCGACCGCACUGCUCUGCCGGCCAAGAGACGAUUACGCUACUAGCAAUCUGCCGCGAGCGAUAAGUCUAUUAUCAGCGAGCCUUAAGUGAGGCAGAAUUGAUCGUGUAAAAAUAACUUGGCGCGCGGCAUAAAAAGUAAGAGAGAAAGAGCAUAAAAAAGAGAUCACGUGGCUGGAAUGCUCGCAAUUUGUCGGCGCGCGGUGGGUGAUUGCGAGAGCCGUGCGUGCACUCGGGGGUGAUUUUCGGUGAUGGUGUGUUUCACAUUGCCCGCGUGCCUCGCUCCGGCCGCCUGUUUCGGCGAUGCCCGUCACCGGAAUCGGAGUCGUUCGAAUGCCGAGUGAUGACGAUUGGCGAGCGAGUUGUCCGUAACAAGAUCAGAUGAUGACGGAUUCCCCGACACCGUCGACCAGCAGACACCACGACGACAAAUGCGACAAGCCUGAGAAAUCCGAUAAGACGGUGUUGCUGCAAAUUCAGGACAUAAAUAGCCAGGUAGCGCAGUUUCGAGAUCUGCUCAUUAAUAUCGGACAACCACGUGACUGCCCGGAACUCCGAGAGAAAAUACGGAAGCUGCGUCGCAACUGCGUGGAUGCCUGCAAGAGCACCUCUCAACUGGUACUGCCGCAUGUGCAAAGUGCUAUGGAUGUCGGAAUACCCGUGGACAGCCCGAAUCUGGUGCUGUUAUUUUACGUGGCGCAACUUUUCUUACGCGAGCUACACAAGAGUAAAAAUCUCAUACGAAUCGUACCUAUGGACAUGUCUGGAUAUUACGAGAAUCGCGCCGGUCCGCAUAUCGGCAAUGUGGUCUCGCAGAUCCUCCUGUGCAAACAGAUUAGACCGGACUUCAAUGAAGAGGAGCUCUGCAGCAUCCGAAAGGACUCGGAAGAGAUCGGCAAGCUGAUAGCAGAGCUACAAGAAUUCAUGCCCCAAUCCGAGGCUGACACGGAAAAAACUGUGGCCCUUCACAAUCCUGGAAGCAAAAUCAAUCGAAACAACGGAACACGGAGGAUGCAGCGUUGGAGCAACAACGCAGACCGACAAUCGUCCUAUUUCCGCAGCAGUUUUAGAUUUUUCUGUUGCGCCGCGAGCACGAAUUAUGUUUAACAUAUAGUUCGCUUUUGAUUUAUUAAAAAAAUGACAUUUUCAACUAUGCGAAUAACUAAGAUACAGUGAUACUAUCUACAAUGAUACUAUCGUAGCAGUUUCGAUGCUAGAGUCUUUAAAAUGAAAUAUUAAUAGAAAUUAGCGACAUUUCCUAAAACGGAAAGUCGGUUCCUAAAACGAAAUUGACGUUAUUGAAAAAACUUGUAUUGAUUUAUGAAGCGUUCUAAGAAAGAUGCAUAUCAUUAAUGAAUCAUCGAUAUACGUUUCGUUUGGAAUAUUCUUUGUGAAAGACAACGGAUAACAAAAGUCGCGAUAUUAAUGUCAGAAGAUACGUCAAAGCCUAAUCGAGGCCUAUAAAUCUGUCUUACUUGAGAGAUACCCUUCGGAGAAAUUUCUGACACAUAGCUGGUGACAAUCAAGAAAGUUCGAGACUUUAAAUGCCGAAAAUUACGAAGAGACUCAAUAGUCUCAUUUCGCAGCGAAUACGGGUAAUGAAUAAUGAGGAUGAGUGAGGAAAUAGGGAACUUUAGCACGUUUUAUGUCUCUCAGCCAGAAUUUUAAUGGCACUUGAUAUUCUUUCUAUUUUCUGGAAACUCUUUUAUUCUCUCACGGUUUCGCUGUCCCAUUAAAUUUUCAAGUCAACAAAAGGACUGGCGCCGAGAAGUUCACUUGGAAUCCGCUAAAAUCAUUUCAAUAAUCCUACCAAGAUUGCUCUUCUAUUUAACUCGAGUCGAGUUUAAGUCUCUUUAAAUCGUAUCUUUAACGUUAAGAGGAUCAAUACCAAUAACAUUUUGGUUCUCUUCCAAUUUAUCAUUACGUCUUUACCUUUACGUUGUAAAUGUACUGCAUUUAACGAAAUUUAACCGCAGACCGCGAUAAGAUGUCGCUUGUAAUCAAAAACCCACUACUUUGUAAUCAAAUAUCGAUUUUAUCCUUUGAAUUCUAUGAAAUCUAGACAAAUUGUACAAUUGCAGAUGUAUCAUCAGAGCAUCUAUAUGAAAACGGUAGAUGCACAUUGUGGAGCAAUUAUAUAUAUAUAUAUUCUAGCGUAUUUACAAGUGAGUGGACCAACCUCGAUCUAUUUAUAAGCGCGAUGGGGGUGUAUUGUAGUCCUAAAUGCGCGUUCUCAUCGCGCAUAUAUAGAGAGUAUCUAUAAAGCAAUACGUAGGGAUACACACGCACAGAGAUAUACGCAGAGACGUGUAUAUGUAUAGACGAGUCGCAUACGUUCGUAUUCUCUCAUAAAAUACAACAGAAAAUACACAGUCGUUGCAUCUUUAAACGAUAUCAGCAUUAUAUUGAACCAAAGGUGAAGGUCGCGCAACGAGUCCUAUAAUGAUUACCCUUAUUUCGGAAAAAUUGCUUUCGGAUAUUUCCGUUUGUGUAACAAACGUAGAUGUGAUACUAUAAAGCAAUGAGCUUCAGAUAUUUUUCUAUCUUCACGUAAAUGAAGCACUAACAGCUCGGAUUAAUAACGAUACUAAAUAUAUAACCAGCCAAAGGCCUCUGUAAAGGGAAAACAUGAGAUGAUCAUAUUUUGAGAACACUAACCGAUAUAUGUAAUUAUUUAUGUAAUUUUCCGCCGCCAUAAUGCGAUAUGAAAGACAUGAGUUGUACUUUGUCGACUCCUCCUUUAUCCGAGAAAGUAUUCUUGUAUAAAUUUUUCAAAGUACACUCUAUACUUUUUAUCCAUUCUCUAGAAUACGCGCGCAGGCGCACAAUCGCACACGAGUUUUUGAUUUUUCCACUGUGCAUUAUUAUUAGUAUUAAGUUCACGAUGAAAACGAUGUGUAAUAUUUGAGGCGUUUUAUAGUAGCUCGAUUAAGUUACCUCUCCUACACGUAACAGAUCGGAUUAACGUUAUAUUUGUACAAUAGAAUGAACACACAUAUUUUAAAUAUCACGUACGUGGAAACAGCCGUUGUAUGAAACGUGCACUUGAUGCAAUUUUAUUUUGUUCUUUUUCUACUUUAAGCGAUGCGAGAUUGUAUGUACAAUUACACAUAUCAGGCGACCCGAUCGAAUCGUUUACUCAAUAAAACGACUAUAUUAGUCUCGAAAUUAAAAUCGAUAUGAGAUAUUGAGACAGAAGAAUUAGACCAAACAUUAGACCAAAGAUAUUAGACCAAAGAUUAGACCAAAUUGUGAACUUUUCAUUGAUGUCUAUAAUAGCAAUGUGGAUUGAAAUCAUUUGUUUAAGAAAUUAUUGUUGUCCAAAAUUUUGACAGUAAUUUGUGGGCAAUUGUUAUUUCUUGAAUUAGUGAUUUAAUUAUUUCUGCAUUCUUUAGUCCUAACCACGAUGUAAGAAGGGGACCGAACUACUCGAAUAUUUCACUCAUUAAUUUUCUGAGGAAAUAUUUAUGAUAAAAGAAACUAUUAGCGCUAAAAUACGUUGUAUUUGUAGGUAAUAAAAGGAAAUGUCAGCGUUAGAAACCGGCUUAAACUUGUAAAGUGACCCAGCUGACGAAAUGAAAUCGUUGAGAUAAAAUGUAUAAUAAAUUGACGAAAUAAACUCGAAUCGUUCGCAACGAA